CAAACCACAAGAUUCAGCCCACGUGACUUGGACACUUUUAUCAGACCCAAACCUUACUACGUGGAUCCUAAAAUAUCCACCACCUUGCUUCCUUUCAUGCACUAUUUAUACCCAACUUCCCUUUUGCAUAGUUCGUAUCAACCGAUUCAUUUGUAAUCUGAUCAAUCUUCUAAGCCUUCAUUCCACAGAUUCUAAAGCUGCUUAUUUUUCAUCCCUUGUUUGAGCUAAUUGUUAGUCCUCUCAUUCUUUCCUUAGUUUUGUUCUGUUUUUCUAAGUGAGGAAGAAAUGGCCGUAGCUACUUCAGCAACCAUGAUGCAGUCAUUUGUUGGUAGCCCUGUUGCCCGUUUGCCAGCCAGCAAUGGGAUGAAACAGAUUGGUUACAUUAAUCUUCCCAAAAGAUUCAACACCAUGAAAAUCAGAAGCAUGUCUGAGGACACUGAGAAGGAAACAGAAACCAAAUCCCCUGAAAUUCCCAAACUCACCCCGCCAACACCUACUCCAAAUCAAAAGGCGAGCACUAAAUUUGAAGACAUUCUUGCUUUCGGGGGACCUGGGCCGGAGAGGAUUAACGGCCGUCUAGCUAUGAUCGGAUUUGUAGCUGCCAUGGGUGUGGAACUCGCAAAGGGACAAGAUCUGUUCUCCCAAAUCAACGAUGGAGGAUUCCAAUGGUUCCUCGGGACAAGCGUUUUGUUGUCUCUGGCAUCGUUGAUUCCUCUGUUUAAAGGAGUGAGGGCAGAAUCUGAGACCGGAGGGUUCAUGAACUCUGAUGCUGAAUUGUGGAAUGGUCGAUUUGCUAUGUUGGGUUUAAUCGCUCUUGCGUUUACUGAAUACGUUAAAGGCAGUGCCCUUGUCUAGAUGAAAAAAUGAUUUUAGAUCUCUUUAGCAUAAAAUCGUGUACACUAAGGUGUUUUAGGUGAAGAAACAACGCAUUGAAAAGCUACAAAAUGUACCCAGUGAGAGUGAGUAGUAUUACUGAAUCAGCUAAUAAACACACCCAGAAAUUUCUUGUUUAAUGAAUGAAAAUUUCUUGUUUAAUGAAUGAAUCAAUUAUUAUUCUGUAUUUGACUCGCCGUCUUGUUAGUAUUGUACCGGGUUUGCUAUAUUAUUACUACUUCCGUCCCA